AUGAAAUUGUAUUCGAUAGUCUGCAUUUGCAGCUUUAUAGCAACGUUAGUUGGUGCUUUUCCAGGUGCUAUGCCCAUUGAGGAUACCAGCUUCCAGUUGUCUGCUUUUUUGGAAGACUCCUUGGAUGGAAUGCUACCAAUGGAAGAAGUACUCGAAUUCUAUGACAUGUUAAACAUUCAAAAAAGAGAUGGAAAUGAGAAGGUCAUAGCUUCAGUACUAAAUGCUGUCAAUAGGUCUGGCAUUGUCUGGGAUGUUUUGGACGAAGUUUCAUCAGAUGAUGAGAGAAUUCAAGUUCUUGCUAACUUAACUGCAAACUUGAUCAAUUCUACUGGAAGUAGCAUCAGCUUGAGCACCAUUCAAAGUUUAACAAAAGGUACGAACACAUCAUCUAUUAUUAAAAUUGUGAGAGACUCAGGUUUAGUCACAUCUCUUUUGGAUGGUAUUUUAUUGGAUAAGAGCUACAGGCCGACUAUAGAACGGUUAAUAAAGAGAGUCGUUUUGGACAACAAGUUUACAAUCCUGGUGAUCCUCAAUUCAGUUCUCAGUCCAAGUUCUAGCAAUCAGAAGAGAGAUACAAAAGAGAGCGGCUUAGAACUGCUAGUCACAAAUAUCGCUGCCAAACUUUUAUCUUCAUCUCUAUUCGAGAAUGUGCUAAAUGAUACAGUUGUUGCUUUAAAUGAUACUGGCUUCCUCGUUUAUACUGUCAAGAGGUUCAUUGCGACAGAUGAAUACUUGAACAUGACAGUUAAACUUACCAAAGAUAUCUAUAACUCCGGUAAGGUAAACAUUGAUCUUUCCAGUCUCAAUAUUACAAAACUUGUUGAUGACUCACUCAGUGAUCCGAAAAAAAUCGCCUCGUAUGUUGGCGAUAUUCUAUCUGGUGAUUUCAACUUUGGUAGUUAUUUGGGUAAAUAUACAACAGCAGUCAGGGAAAUUAUUAAGGAUUUAGAGUCUGACGGCAUGUUCCAAGAAUUGAAUGAUUAUUUAUUCCCCUCAAGCUCAUCAUCAUCAAAAGCUACUUCCACGAGAGCAAAUAAGAACGUUAAAAUAUCUGAAUUAACAGUGUCCUCGUCGGUAUCAUCUCCAACUGUUGAAACAGCAACUGAUUCAUCUGCAGAUUUCAUUCAACCAAACACAUUUAUCUUUAAGUGUCUUUUAGCAUUACAGACAUUCUUCAUUGGCGGCGCCUUCUUAAUUUAA